UUGCAAAACAAAAGAAGGGUGGGGAUUGCUAUUAGUAAAUAGCAAAAGAACUAAUGUGACAAUUUUACAUGCCAAAUAGUAUUUUCUCAUUUAACCUAGUUUUCACCCACACAGAAAGGGAGGAAGUCAUAGCCGCCAUGAACCUCCAACUAGAACCACCGGAGAAGAAGAGUAAGAGGAAGACGUCACAACCACCUUCAUGUCCAUCAUUUGUUUUACUUCCAGACGAAAUCCUCUUGAACUGCUUAGCCCGGAUAUCGAGAGCGUACUACUGGAGACUCUCAAUCAUUUCAAAAAGCUUCCGGUCACUCCUCACUUCCAAGGAGCUCUACGCAGCUCGAUCUCACCUAGGAAGCACCGAGCAGUGUCUCUACGUCUGUCUCUCUGAUGAAAGUUAUCAAUCUCCCCAAUGGUUUACCCUCUGCGUUAACCCUAAUCGAACCCUAACCGCCGGAAAAUCGUUGGCUCUAAUUCCGUCGUCUGAUUUUCCUUCUUUAUCAAAAUCCACCUUAGUUGUUGGUUCAGAGAUUUAUGUUAUCGGCGGACCAGUCAAGACUGAACGUGAGGCAAAUGAGUACAAGUCCAAAUGGGUCACGUUUAAAUGGGCUUGUCCUUCAUCUACCGUACGAAUCCUUGAUUGUCGUACUCACACAUGGCGUGAUGCACCUAGCAUGAUCGUAGCUCAAAGGCAUGCUCACACAUAUCUCUACGAUGGAAAAAUAUAUGUGAUGGGAGGAUGCGGAGUUCUAGAUGAACCAUGGGGUGAGGUGUUCGACACAAAUACACAAACUUGGAAACCUCUCUCGGAUCCGGCUACUGAGAUACGUAGCUGUACCUUUCACAUAAUUAAAGAGAUAAAAGGAAAGAUUUACUUUUGGACUUCAGACAGAACAUAUGCUUAUGACACAAGUCAAGAUAAUUGGGAGAGUAUUGCGCAGUUAGAGAAGUCAACAUGUUUGAUGGAUGUUUGCUGUAUUCCCAAGUCAGCAUGUAUUGAUGGUGUAUGGUACGUUUAUAGUCUAACUCGUGACUGCCAGUGGACAAAGGAUGGAGUACAUUGGAAAGGUGUGAAAGGGUUAGAAUCAUUAACAAAGAUGUACGAUAGGAAUGGUGGCUUAAGUGGAAAUACAACUGAGUUAGUUAGUUGUGGUGGGAAGCUUUUGUUUAUGUGGGAAGGGUAUAUGAAACAUAACCCCUGUAAUCGGAAGCAGAUUUGGUGCGCGGAAAUCUGGAAAGUGAUAAUGAAGGUGAGGUUUGGGGGAAUGUUGAGUGGAUUGAUGUUGUGCAAAGCGUCCCCAUAAAAUUCGAGCUAUUGCGUUGUCUCGUUGUCUCUGUUUGAUUGACUUAUGCCCUUAGUUACGGUAUUCCCAUAUUUACAUGGAUCCAAUUUGGCUUAAAUUAAAUGGAAAAGUUA